CGUGUCAUAGAAAUAUUGAGAAAUAUUGGUUUCCUUUAGAUGUGGAGGAUGAUGCGGCGUCCACACCCAAGUGCAUGCUCCCUCUCCUUGCUUUUUCUCCGCCUAUUUUACUUCCCCUUGAAACUUUCCUCACACGCUCUCAAUUACCCUUUGCUCUCUCUCUCUCUCUCUCUCUCUCUCUCUCUCUCUCGGUGAUCAUGGCAACCAAACCACCUGAAGAAGUCCCUGCAGGAACGUUGAAAUGCAAGACAUGGGUCUUGAAAGUCUCAAUCCACUGCGAAGGCUGCAAGAAGAAAGUCAAGAAAGUUCUUCAAAGCAUUGAAGGUGUGUAUACGACCACUGUGGAUAUUCAGCAGCAAAAGGUUACAGUGACUGGCAACGUGGACGCAGAUACUCUGAUCAAGAAGCUCCUGAGAUCAGGAAAACAAGCUGAGCUUUUGCCUGAGAAGAUCAAAGAGAAGCCUGCAGGAAAACAAAAGAAGAACGAGAAGCAGAUCAAGGAUAUUGAUCAGACAAAUAUUGAAGAAAAUAGCAAUGACACUAAAGAUCAGAUGAGUUCUAUUGAAGGUGGUGGAGAGAUAGAUGAAGACGACGACGGUGAAAAUGAAGAGGCUGUUGGUAACGGUGGAGAAGGAGGGAAAAAGAAGAAAAAGAAGAAGAAGAAGAAAGGUGGGGCAAGCGGUAAUUCCAGCACCAACGACGGCGGUGAUCAGAAUUCCGGCGAUGCACAGGCAGGCAGUACUGUAACUCCGGCGGGUCCCCAUGAUGGUCAUCGGGGCGCCCCAUCGAUGCCUGCGAUGAAUCUCAGCCCUCCACGUCCGCAGAUGUAUCCGUUUCCACCGGUAAUGAACUAUCCCGGCCCUCCACUCUAUGGCAUAGGUUACAACAUGACUUACCCUAGGGACAUUACUCCAUCAUAUCAUCCCUAUCAUCCCAUGCAUGCCAAUACACAUUCUCUCCCUGAGAUCUACCGGCAGCCGCCACCGCCUCCGCUGGCAUCCCAUCAGACUUACCCGUUCAGGGAGGUCCACGUCGACGAUGAUCAUGAAUAUCAAUCUCUAUGCUCACUCAUGUGAUCAUCAUGUACUUAUGAGGAUCGGACGGCCGUAAUCAAUGCAUGCUCUAUUGUGUACGUACGUACGUGAUCGUGAAGGAGUAAAUUUUGUAAAGAUCGAUGCAUUAAGAUUAUUAUUGGAAGAAGUUAUAUAUAAUAAUAAUAAUAAUAAUAAUAAUAGUGUAAAAAAAAUAAGAGAUCAGGGCUUGUUUAUUAUUAAUUUAAUUAGUGGGGUUUGAGUUUAUUCAACUUUAUUAAUAAACUGCCAGCUUGGGUUUGCUUUAUAAAGAUUAAGGCAAUACUUUGUAA